AUGGGAUUGACGUCGUCGUCGCAGAGGAAGAUGGAGCCUCGCUCCUCGUCGCGGCCGCAGUCGGUCGCCGCCCUGGCUGCCCAGGCCGAAAACUUUAGAUUCAACACAAACAUCCCCUUCAAGCACUGGACCAGGGCCGCCGAAACCCUUCAGCAAGAGGCCUCGUUUGCCCGCUCCGACGGCGACUAUGGACGAGCAUACAUGAUGCUGUACCGCCACUCGAUAUUGGUCCUCAAAUGCCUGCCCACGCAUCCCCAGUUCAAGGACCCGGAGAGCCGCAGGGCAUUCCGACCCUUGUCGAAACGCAUCGACGGUGUCCUCGGCGACCUGGAGCGCAUCAAGCCCAUCCUGGAACAAGAGCAUGCCGAGUGGGAGCGCACGUCGUCGGAAGCCGCCCAUGCUGCGCGCCAACGCCCGGCUGCCCCCUCUAGCUAUGCAGACUUUGCCGCUCGCGACCCGAGCCUCAGUGGCCCUGCAAAAGUGCUCGACGCCUCGGAACAUCAGGAGCUGGCCGUCGACUUGGCCCAGCAGGAGCUCGCCCGCAGAGACAAAGCCAGAAGGGCGUCUAGGACCAGCCGCAGCCCCGACUAUCAAACCUCCAUGACACCGGGACAUGGCGAGACGGCUUUCCACGACGGCAGAUCCCGAGUUCCCGACGAACAUGACCUUCAGAGGCAGAUGGAAGCAGCUAGGCGAGCCAUGAGUCUCGAUGAGCAUGCAGACAGCGAUCCAGGGAAGUUCCGCGACCACACUCCAGCUCACAUGACGACUCCGAUCCAGUACAGCUAUCCCUCGAUAGCCAAGUCUAGGCCGCUCGAGUUCGAUGAUUCCCAGCGUCAGCAGCGCCCGUCGCCGGUGCCCGGACCGAGCCGGCCACCAAAGGAACGCCUGCUCUCGCCGGAUAUUCCGGACGGGCCCGCCGUUCCGCCCACUGACCAGCCUCCUCGACCGCCAAAGGGGCCCUUGGACGGACCGCCGCUCCCAAAGAAAGAGCGGCUUGCGUUCAAACCUGGAGCCUAUCUCGAGAACGGCGACCCUAUCCGCCCCGUCUUCCUCCCCAGCAAGCUUCGGUCUGCGUUUCUCGAGAUUGCUUCCAAAAACACCCGAGCCGGGUUGGAAAUGUGCGGGAUCCUCUGCGGUACCCCAGUCAACAACGCCCUGUUCGUGCGAUGUCUCCUCAUUCCCGAUCAAAAGUGUACCUCGGACACUUGCGAGACGGAGAACGAAGGUGCCAUGUUCGACUACUGCGCGAGCGAGGACUUGCUGGUUCUGGGAUGGAUCCACACGCACCCAACGCAGACGUGCUUCAUGAGCUCUCGCGACCUCCAUACACAGGCGGGAUACCAGGUCAUGAUGCCAGAGAGCAUCGCCAUUGUGUGUGCUCCCAAGUUUAAGCCAGAGUAUGGAAUAUUUCGACUUACCCAUCCGCCUGGACUGGACCACAUCCUAGAUUGCAAGCAUCAAGAUACCUUUCAUCAGCACUCGAUUGGCAACAUCUAUCGCGACACGGAGCAACCACACGGGCACGUCUACGACAGCGAUAAAUUGCCGUUUUACGUGCAUGAUUUGCGAACGAAGUAG